GAUGCUUGAAAUCUGGUCGAGUUUGUUCAUAGAGGUCGCGGCGUACGCCUUUGAAAUGUUUCAGUGAUGUCUGCUGCCGUUACAAAAUUGAAUGCCUGAGAUGAGCUGUAAACUUUCGGGAUUCUUCACGUUAUUAUUGUUAUGGUGUAUUGCAGACUGCAAAGAUUUGACUUUACAAUCGGUAGUUGGAGACGUGGUUGCCGAUAAUUUUACGUAUUUCACCCUAGGCUACGAUGGACCCAUAAGUUUGAUCCUUGAUUCCUUGGAAGGUGAUGCAGACUUGUAUAUAUCACAGUUCUUGUUACACCCAUCAUACAACACUUCUGAAUACUGUUUGCACUCUGCCACAUGUGGGCAAGAUCGUGUUGAUAUACCGUCAGGCUUUCAAAGGCCAAUUGGUGUAGGUGUAUAUGGUCAUGUUCUACAUCCAUCUACAACAUUCCAGCUCACCGUUGUCCUAAGAGAUGAGUUUGGCCAAUUGCAGGAGGGUUUUGAAUCUCUUUUAGACUCUGAUUACCUUGAAAUGAAAAGAGUUGGAGGCACUGGAAAUAGUGGAUACAGAAUUCCCCAGAGUGAAGAGCAAUCAGUUUUUUCAUCAAUGCUUUGGACCUUUUUAGAGAUCCUCUUAGAAGUGCUUUUUGCCUAG